UGGGCAGCGUAGCUGGAGUAUAUAAGCGUGAGCAGUGCCACGGUCUGCUGUUAAAAGCACUCCGGCCAGAGCAGCCCAAGCAGCAUUUCGGGAACCAAAAGCGAACACACACACAACACCAGCCAUGAGGACAGCGCUGCUCGUGUUGGCGCUCUGCGGAGUAGCCCUUGCUCAGGUGCCCAUGUUCGGCUGGUGCCCCGAAUACGUCCCCAUGGCGGACUUCAACAUGGAAAGGUACCUCGGCACCUGGUACGAGGCGGAGAGGUACUUCACCGUCCUGGAGGCCGGCAGCCGCUGCGUUAGAACCAACUACACCAAGGCCGUCGACGGCAGAGUCGUCGUCAACAACGAGAUCACCAACCGACUGACGGGCAUCAAGCGCGUCGUCGAGGGUGAGAUCCGAAAUGUGGUGAAGGGCGCCGAGUCCAAGCUCAACGUCAAGUACUCCACCCUGCCCGUGCCCUUCGAGACCACCUACUCCGUCCUGGACACCGACUACGACUCGUACUCCGUCGUCUGGUCCUGCUCCUCCAUCGGCCCCCUGCGCGCCCAGAACGCCUGGGUGAUGACCCGUGAGCGUCUUGCUCCCGGCACCGUGCUGCAGAUGGCCUACGGCGUGCUUGACAAGUACAAGGUCUCCCGCACUUUCUUCGUGAAGACCGACCAGGCUGACUGCGCCAUCGCCGAGGCCGCUGCCGACGCCGCCGCCAAGAAGGCCGCCACUGAGGGCACCGUCUUCGCCGAGAAGUCUGCUUCCCCCAUCGCCGAGCCCGCCCCCGUGCCAGUCGCUGCCCCCGUGGCCGUCCCCGCCAUCCCCGCCAUCCCCGUGGCCGCCGCCCCCGUGGUCGCCACCCCCGUGGUCGCCGCUGCCCCCGUCGCCGCCCCCCUCGCCAACGACCCCUUCGUCCCCGUCGUGAACGUCGCCCAGGCUAUCGUCCCCGCUGAGAAGAGCGCUGACCCCCUCCCCGUGGCCGCCCCCCUGGCCGCCGCCGCCCCUGUGGCCCAGCCUGUGGUGCCCGCCGUCCCCAUCCCCAUCGCCCACGCUGAACAGAUGGCCGCCAUCGCCGCGGCUGCUGCCCCCGCCGCCCCCGCGGCCUCCCCCAUCCUCGUCGCCCUCCCCGUGGUGGCCGCCGACCCU